AUGGUACUACAACUGCAUGUAUGGGGCCCCGCCUUUGCCCUGCCCUCAAUUGACGCACAAUGCCUUGCUGCAAUUGCAUACUGUUCCGAGGUCCUCCCUAAAGACUCGUGGGAGCUGAUCGCGAGUAGCGAUCCCUCCGUGUCCCCAACAGGUGAGCUCCCCGCUCUCCAGAAUGGCUCUAUCUGGGUGAGCCGGUUCCGCAACAUCGUCGACUACCUCCGCCAAUACUCAGAGGGAGCAUGGAACCUGGAUCAAAAUCUCGACGACGUGCAAAAAGCCGAUAGCGUUGCCUUCUCCUCAUUCAUCGAAUCCCGCGGUCAAUCCCUGAUCGACCUCUACCUCUACGUAACCAGCCAGAACUACUACAACAACACAUCCCCAGCCUACGGUUCUCUCCUCCAAUGGCCAAACCAAUGGAUCCUCCCACCCAAGCUCCACGGCGCCGCCAAAACCCGCACCGAACACCUCGGCCUAUCCUCGCUAGACCUGCAAGCAAUGGAAGACCAGCGCAAACGCGAGCAUUCCGCCGCCGUAGCAUCCGGCCAAAUCCCUAGCAACCUGAUCCAACAGCCCCGCGACACAGUCUCCAAACUCCUCGGCCGCACAGCACAAACCAACCAGUUCCGCCUGGAAGCCCUAACAGCCGACUUCUUCGAACCGCUCGAAGCCAUGCUCGCCCGCAGCAAGACCUGUCUGCUCCCCGCCGACGACAACAACAACCCCUCCUCGCUGGACUGCGUCGCGCUGGGCUACCUGUCUCUGGCGCUCAUACCGGAGCUAGCCUUCCCCUGGCUGCGCGACGCGAUGCGCGCCAAGGCCCCGCUGCUGGCGGCGUACACGGAGCGCAUGCGCAGCCGCUGUUUCGGCGACGCGCCCGUCGAGGCUAAGCACGCUUUCCAGCCGGUGCCAGCUGUCCUACCGUGGCGAGCACCGGAGCGCAUCUCCGUCGCCGCUGUCGGGAAUACCCUCCUCGGUACGCUGGCGGAUAACACGCCGUUCUUGCGCGAGGUGCGCCAGAAUAGGCGGUUGAAGCAGGCCGUUGAGGCUGAUUCGGCGUUUAGCUCAGUGGAGAAACAGGUCCUGUCUUCGUAUGCGGAUUCUAGUAACAAGGAUAUGUUGCUGUCUAUUGCGACUGCUGUGGCGGGGACCGUUGCUCUCGUUGGGUAUAUGGUGCAUGUUGGCUUGCUUUCUUUUUCGACUGGGGGCUUUGAGGAAGAGGAGGAGUCUGAGCAAGAUGCUGGUGUGUUGCAGAUUGAUCCUGGCUCUGCGGCAGACUUCCUCGGCGCGUUCUAA